CUCCUGCACUGCCCCCAUCCACUGCAACAUUCAGGCAGGUUCACCUUAUGAGCAUAUGCACAGCUUCUCAGCCUCGGUGACGUCGCUGCUUUGUUGGGACAUCCUCGGUGAAUCGGGGAAAUUCAGAGUAUUUAAUCAGCAGCCAUAACUUCAGACAACGCCUCUACACAUCAAACGCUUUAGAAUAACACUGCAAAAUGGCAGAUCCAAUAUCCCAGUCAGCUCAGAUUUCAUCGUCACAUGGCCUAAACGAUGGACACCCAACGUCCAAAGACUCGAAGUUAUCCGAUUCCUUUUUUUCCUCACCUGUAUCUCUCAUUCAGUCUCCUCAAGACAAAAGAGUGGUACUGGGCUCUGACAAGCCCUUAGAGAAUAUGGCCACCUCUCUUCACUUUUCUUCUCAUUCAAGUUCCUUAUCUCAAGUUCCUUAUGGAGUUGAAUCUUCAGAACCACCUGAAGAUUACGUAGAGCGUUCUUUCAAAGAGAAAAGGGAGCUUUUUGACUCCCCCGUUGGAACUCAAAAGCAGGACUCGCCUAUUAAGACGUCACCAGUGUCUGAGAGAAUCAAAGCAUUGGAAGCUCUAGCAGCAAAGAAUGAUUUUGAUAGGAAUGACAGUGGGAUUCCACAAUUUAAAGAGCGACACUAUGAGAAGUCCCCCACUGAAACGCAUGGAAUUUCCUCCCGUUUGUCCUUCCAAAAAACGACAUUGUCAAAUGAGCAGGAAUCUCCGGAAUCACCCUUUGAAGUGCUUGGUGAGGCAAUGCGUGGAGGUGACUUGGAGGACACCACUGACUGGAUGAGAGCUCACUUACCUCCAGCACCAGAUUUCAACAUUGAAGAUCCUGAUCUUGACGAGGGGAAAGAGUUGCCCAUGAUGCAGGAGAUCCUGGUCAAAGGAAACAGUGUUGAUGCACCAGAAGUUGCACCUGAAACUUUUACUGGAGUUCCUGAUCAGUUCAUGGACAGUCCGAUCAAAGUACCAGAAAUAAUGGACAAUAAGCAAUCAAAACAAGAAAGUGUUGAGGAAUAUUCUAAAUUCGACCUGAGCUUUUUACCUACAGCCUAUAUGUGGGACAAAGAAGAGAAAACUGAAGUGGACACUCAAGGCUAUCAAGUAGUCCCUGACAAUCAAGAGCUUCCUUCCUCCCCUGCACCUCCAGCAGAGUUUGAGUCUCAGUCACCCCCUGCAACCCAACAGAUGGACCAAAAUUCUACGCAACAUUACAGCACUUUAAAGGGAAACUUAGAGCCUGCUGUAAUCCUAGAGGUAGACAGUUCUGGGGAGUCAGAUGAUACAGUGAUUGAGGAAGCUGGCAGCAUCCCAGCAGAAGGAAAUAAUGACCUUGACAUUGAACCUCAAAAAGAGGAGAACAUACCAGAUAAUAAAAAGCAGCUCAUUCAGGUGCCUAUUAUUAAUGUAAUUGAGACAGAGGAACAGGUUCUAAGUGAUGAGGAAGAAGAACAGCUUGAGGUGGAAGGAGUGGAGGAUGACAAUGAAAAGUGUCAGAUUGUGCAAGGUGAAGGCAAAGAGUCACCAGAGCAGUGUGAUCAGUCAGAGGUUCCAGAAAAUGUAUUUGUGAAAUCUUUAAAUGAAGAACAUAAAACUGACCAUGAAAUUUCCUCUCAGACAAAUCAAAUGGACUCUGAUGCUGAAUACCCUCCUAAUCACAUGAUGAUCGAAGAUGAUCAUGAAAGUGGCAUUUUCCUCAUGUCCUCCCCAGACUCGGGUGGUUUGAAUUCCGAGGACUCUCAAGUGCAUUCACCUAUGUCUCAGAGUGUAUUGUCCUUCAAACCCCUUGAAGAGUCAACCCUUGAUAAAGAGCUUGGAGAAAUACUUUUUGACCUUCCCCCUCACAAAAAUGACCACUCAAAUGAGCCUAGUGAUGUAGAGACUUACCUGGAUCAUUAUGCCACUGAGGAGCUUGCUUUAAAAGACCAGCUGAAUUCAGAUUAUUUUAAGGAGAAUAAAAGAGAUAAACCCAAGCUCUCAAAUCCCAGUGCUCUUCCAGACAAUCAAAAUAUCAGUACUUUUGUUGAAGAAUCCUUUGAAGAAAAUAUUACAAAACAUUUUGACGAGUCCGCCAACAAUUGCAUGCUGGACAAUGAAGCGGUACCGGAGCACCUCAUAUCUGACCCUUUAGUUGAUAUCCAUGAUGACACUGAGACAAUUAUCUCUCUAAACAAGAUGCCAACUGAUGAUUCAGAAGAUCAGAGGUCAGCAGUGGAAACUUUGGAUUUUAAACCGCAAGAACAAGAGUUAUCAAUCCAUUCUAUCAGUAGACAGUCCCCAAUUCAAGAGAUCCCACCUGCACCUUUCCACUAUUCUUACAAUGAACAGUCUGGCAAAAUCAGUGAAGAUUCUGGCCUUAUGAAAAAUGUUGCUGAAAGACCAGUGAUAACUAACUCUGAACCUGGAGUAUUGGCCUCCAGAGAUGUUUUAGAUCGACCGGAUUCACCAGAGACCAUAAGCGAUACCGAAAAUGUAGAGCCGGAAUGUUCAGUAAAUGCAGCGACCGAUAGCUUUGUGGACUUUAUGAGGGAAUGUCUGAAAUCACGGCAGGAUGAGGAGCCUGAGUGCUUCAGUCCAGGUGAGGUAACCAUAGACCAGAAUCCCAAAUCUGAUGGUCCUACUUAUACUCAAUCCUCCCCUGCAAUAAUCAAGGACUUGGAGCAGGAGCACCUAACAAUCUUUGCUGUGAAAGUCGGGAGCAGCCAAGAGGAAGACGAGAAACCUCCCAUAGUGAAGACCGUCUUAAAGCCUGAUAAAGCUACACCAAAUCUUGAAGCUUCAAUCACCUCAUCUUCCGCACCUCAAAAUAUUCCAAAUGAGCCUGAUGCCUUAAUUGCCAAAGAGGUAGAAGCAAUCGACAUUUGGGUGGCAGAGGCCUACCACCUUGCAGAGCAUGUCUUGACCGCAAUACUAACCCACCUGUCAGUGAAUGAUCUGGUGCAUUGGCGGGACCCUAAGAAGUCUGGUGUGGUGUUUGGUGUGUCGAUGCUAGUACUCCUCUCUCUGGCAGCAUUCAGUGUGAUCAGCGUGGUCUCCUACCUGCUUCUGGCUCUGCUCUGCGUCACCAUCUCUUUCCGCAUCUACAAGUCUGUCGUCCAGGCUGUGCAGAAGUCCAAUGAUGGACACCCCUUCAAGACUCUGAUGGAGAAAGAUGUUACCGUGCCACCCGAGACCUUCCGCAAGCACGUAGACCUUUGUCUGAACCACAUCAACCGUGUGCUCAAAAAGAUGAGCCGCCUCUUUCUGGUCGAGGAUUUGGUGGAUUCUCUCAAGCUGGCAGUGUUUAUGUGGCUGCUGACAUAUGUUGGAGCGGUCUUCAAUGGCAUCACCAUCCUCAUCCUCGCGGAUAUUCUUCUCUUCAGCGUACCACUUAUCUAUGAGAAGAACAAGACCCAGAUUGAUCAUUACAUUGAUAUUGCACGCACUCAAUUCAACAAUACAGUUGCCAAGCUACAAGAGAAACUCCCAGGAACGCUGAAACGCAGUAAAACGGAAUGAUCCUCCUCUACAAAUCCCUCAUUACCAUGUUUACCAUCCUUCUAUCUUUAGCUGCCUCCCCUCCCUCCCACUUUGCACCACCCCUUUCCCUUUUUUCCUCCAAUCCCCUGUUUAACCUCACCCCUUAAAACCACCAUCUGCACUGAACCAGCUAGUAUGUAAAAUCUAAGAAGCUUCUUGAUAUUCAAUGUUAGCUCUGCAGCUUAAUAACGAGCAUUAAGUAAAGGAGCUUGGGGCUCCAGAAGCUGGUGUUUCCAACACCGGAAGUGAUGUAAUGCUGCAACUGGAUGUCCAUGUUAAUGGCCAUUAUGGGGAAGGAUUUGUGAACUAGACUGAACCUAUCACCUGGUUUUGUUGGGUGGGUGGAAAUAAAAACAGGUGUUUGACUUUAAAGCAAAUGUCUGUACUUUAAAAAAAUAUAAAAAUGAACAUUUCACUGAAAAUCAAAAAUGACACAAAAAGAACACAAACGCUCAGAAACGUUCUGCAACACAUACUUGUUCCUCCUUUCCUUAGUUAUUUGACAAACGUGUAUUAUGUGUGUCUGGUCUCGCUCAUAGCGAUCGGUCCGGCUACCAGCGGUGAUAAGUUGGUCUAGUUCACUAUCCUACCUGUUAUUGGCGCAAUUUUUUUAUUUUGUGAAUGUAUAUAUAGUAAGGUUACAACAGGCUCUUUGCUGUGAAGUAGUUAGUGUUGCUUUUUAUAUUUAAAAAAACAAAUAUACAGCUCUUCUAUUUGUCUCUUUCGCACCUCUUUUGCUAUGUUAUUGUUAUUACUAUUCAGAUAAGAGUUAUUAUUAUAUUAAAUCUCAAUUAGGAUGGCUGCUUUAAGUCCUAUGUCUGACAUUUGGCUUUGUAACAAUAAAUAUUAAUAUCCUUAAGGUUGAGUUUUAUGCGUAGGAUCGUCAGAGCAUCAGGAUAUAGGAGAGGAAGGCAAAAUCUGUUCGAUAUGAAGUGUCCAUGUUGGGUUCCAUAAGUCAUCUAUCAUUGUUGAAACAAUUUUAAAGGUAAAACUGUUCUUGAGUUAGCAUUUUGGGCCAUCAAUUUCCACCUUGGACACAGAAGAUGUUUGAAUAUUUAUUGGAUGUUUUAAGUUUUUUUUUUUUUGUCAUCUUAAUUGUAUAUUGUGACCACUGUUUGAGAAAUUGAGACCUCACUACAAACACAGUUGGCUUAAAAAUAUAACUAUAAUGGGAAUGUUAUUGCUGAAAGGGAAGAUGCUGCAGUAAAAUGGCAGCAGUUUAGCUUCAGGUGGGCCAUUUGAGUUUUUAAUGCGGUGCCAGCCUGCCCAAAGACUACUCGAAUGCAUUUGUGCGCACAGUUUUACAUUAUGACGUUAAAUGGAAUAUCUACACUACCGUGUAUCAAUAGUUGCGUUCAUAUUACAUAAAACAAUUGCUUUUAUUACUAUAUGGUCUUUCGGCUCUUGAACGUUUCAUCGCAGCAGUCAUAUAACAUUCCAGCUGACACGUUUGAAAGCAUGUCAUCAAACUUUUGUGUCCAAAUCUACCACUGAGAAACCCUCUUGCAGACAAUUUAAAACAUUUAACACAAGCAUAAUGACAGUUUAAAAGAUACUUUCGUGCACGUCAUGUAUUAUUUGCUCUCUCGUGCCCUUUUUGUGUUUUGUGCACGUUUUACACACGUGAUCGCAUUCAGACAAGUCUUCUGUCAUCGUGUUGCUCGGCGAGCAUGUUUUACAAGUGGGAUCACAGGUGCGGUGUUGCGUUCGGAGAACAGGUCAAGCUCUGACCAUUUGUAUUGCCACAAUGUCUUGUUUUCUUUCAUUUUAAGGGUAAAUUAUGACUAUAUAACUACAUUUUUAAUAGAUGCAGAACUUUCUGUUUAGAUUCCAUGUCAGAGUAUCUGCUUUUGAGGUUGUUUCGAUUUAAUAUUUUUUUAACUUAUUCCUGUAGAUCAUUAGCAUGUUUGCUGUUCUUUCCUGUGUUUCAGUCUCUCUUUGAGAGUGGGUGACGGAAGUCAGGUUCUUUUAUUCUUUCGACUCUUUCUCUGAAAAAAAUAAUAAAUAAACUAGAUGUGAUGACUAACAUCUACAUUCAGUUUGUUAGUUUUGAAUUAAGAUAAUAUGUGGGAGCUUUUGGUGGGGUAAAGAUGCAAACAGGAAAACUUGUGGUCCCUGUAAUGAUGUCAAAGUGAACUUAAUAAAAAUGCCAAAAGCAGA